GUAAAAAUUAUCUUUUUUUAAAUUUAAUGUUUAGUCUAAUUAAUUUAAAAUUAUUAUUUAAAAAUAAUUAUUUAAUAUUUAUAUUUUAUUCAUUAAUUAACUCGGUUUAUAAUUGGAGUGAACAAGAUGAAGCAAAAAGAAUUGCUCAAAUAAAAGAAGAUGAAAAAAGAAUUUUUGAAUUCCAAACAGGCCAAAAAUUACCACCAAAUUUAAUUAUCAAUCAAGAUAUUCCUCAAAAUUUAUUUCCUCAAAAUGAAUAUCUCCAAAAACAACAAAAUUUAUUUAUUGAAGAAAAACAAAGAUUUUCUUCAGUCAAUGAAAGUUAUCAAGAAAGAUUUACAUCAAAAGAUUCUCAACAAAUUAAUUGGUGUUUUUAUUGUGCUUCUCCUUUAAAUAUUUUAUCUGAAAAAAUGCAGAGAGUUGUAAAGAAUUUACUCUCUGUCAGACGUGCACAAUUCCCUUCCUCAGAAGCAAUAACUAAAGAAUGUACAAAUCCAAAAAAUUUAGAUUUAUUGCCAAGACAAACAUGUCCAGGCUAUAGCCAUUGCCAAACAUUAGUUUUGACUGAUCAUAAUGCGGGGAAUUCGUUUAUUCUCCGCGGAUGUGCGGAACGUUUUGGGGCUGUUGACCCCGAAGUUUUGGCCAAAAGGAAAGAUAAUAGUUGCCAAAGAUUGCAUGAUCAAGUAGACAUUCAAGAAUGUAUUUGUGAAAGACGGAAAUAUUGCUAUUCUGGAAUUGAAAGAAUUUGGACAACAAAAUAUACUGAAAUUGAAAAUUGGAAAGGCCCUUUAAUGCAAAUAAAUUUUGAAAAAUAUAAUUUUAAUACUUUAGCGUUAAAUAAUUCUUUUAGGGAAAACAAAAAAUAUUUUUAUUUAUUUUUUAUAUUAUUUUAUAUUUUAUAUAUUUAA